UUCUGCAUCUUAAAUGGCAGAGAGCUCAAUUCCAACCAGUUCAUCUUCAGCUGAUAUGGCACCAGAUAAACAAUCAUCACUUAAGCUAUUUGGUUUUUCUCUUACGGAGCAAGGGGAAACUUUCGAGAAAGCCGGAGAUUUUGGAGAAAGCAAGAAAUUCGAGUGUCCGUUUUGCCACCGAGUGUUCGCCAAUUCUCAGGCAUUAGGAGGCCAUCAAAAUGCACACAAGAGAGAGCGACAAAGGGCUAGGCAGGCCGAGUUUCACGGCCAUCAACGGUUCGUAGCGGCUGCUGCACCUGUUUUACGCCCCCAUGCCGUAAGGUCGAUGGCGCCGAGGUUUCCUGCAGGUUUCACCAGCAACAGUGCUGUUAAAUUUGUGCCAAAACGGCCUUCUGGUUAUUGUCCAUCAAGUCCACUGCUGCUUCCCUCUACUCCUUCUCGGUACCCUCCUCGAAUUUACGUAGCAAAGCCGUUGUGUUUUACUGCUACAGCGUCGGAGUUUAGUGGAGUUUCUAGUAAAUUGCCGGAGGCGGAGAUAGGCAUUGAUCUUCAUCUUAAGCUCUCCCCUUCAGGUUGUUAGAUUACAGAUAUGUGUAUGUACCAUGGACAUGUAGUUUAAGUAAUCACACUUUCAGCUUUUGGAU